AGCAAAAAUAAGUAACACAACACAAGUUACACAGAACAGUCGCUUUCUCCUCUCGAUUUUGACAUGGCUUGGGGAUUUUCGUCCGUGUCUCUCUUCUUGUUCGUCGUUUUCAAUCUGGUGAGUGGUAAGAUAGUUUUAGAAGAAGGGUACGAAGUCACAACGGUGGUCGAUGGCCAUAAGUCUGGUCUGAAUCCAUACACGAUUCAUGCUUUACCAGGAUCUUCUAAUCUGAUCGUCCUUGAUUCUUCCGGCAGUACAUUUUACACUACUUCCUUUCCUUUGUCCGUUGAUAGUGUGAUAAACCGGUUUGCUGGGGAUGGGAGUUCGGGUCAUGUAGAUGGUAAAGCUGGUAACAGCCGGUUCAGCAAACCCCGUGGUUUUGCUGUGGAUGCUAAAGGGAAUGUUUAUGUUGCUGAUAAGAGUAAUAAAGCUAUACGGAAGAUCAGCUCUUCAGGUUCUGUAACCACCAUUGCUGGAGGGAUCUCAAAGGCAUUUGGACACAGAGAUGGACCUGCACAGAAUGCUACUUUCUCUAGCGAUUUCGAGAUAACUUUUGUUCCUCAAAGAUGUUGUUUGCUUGUUUCUGAUCAUGGAAAUGAAAUGAUUCGCCAGAUAAAUCUUAAGGAGGAGGAUUGCCUCGAAAACUCUCAUUCUAAUUUGGGGACAUACUCUCUUUGGUCAAUAGGGAUUGUCCUUUCCUGCAUUCUCGGGGUAGCCAUUGGAUUUGCUGUUCGCCCUUACGUCAUCCGUCAUACAGGAAGAAGUGAACCACCUCUCGUUCAUCAUGACAUGGAAGCUUCUCCUAACCAAAUUGGGGGAACAAGUUCUGACCUUCUUCUCCUACAUUAGAAACCGAGUUGCUGAAUCAACCGUUUAUUCAGUAUUAAGUAGACUAGUUAUGAUGAUCGUGUCUCACCUUUCCCUCAUGUAUUCCGCCCUAAGUAGUUUAAUUUGUUCGAUGGUAUCUAGCCUUUUCUUCAUGUGUCAACCCAAUAAUGUAGCUAUUUUAGACAAAACAGUCUCUGUGUCUGAUCCCGAGAGUCCAGGUUGCGGCAACCCAAAGCCGCCCCUUUCACUGAAACCCUCUGAUGAUCUUAUUGACCUAAUAAGCUUUGAUGAUGAACAAGAACCUAACAAUGACAAAGAUUGCAGGAAUGAAGAGACUCUUCCUCAUGCAACCAUAGAUGACAUUAUAAAGGUUCAUGUUGAAGAAUUUUCAAAGAUGGCUGAAGAAGAUACUGUAAUUCAUGGUUCUUCAUCUACUGAGUAGGUUUCAGUUAAAAGCACAUGAAUCAGAGAGUAUGUGUCUUUUGUAAAUGUAAAGUUUGGUUGAGUUGAAAAAUCUUUGAAUAUUUAUUGAAGUGCUCAUCUUUUUUUCUUUAUAUCAAGGAAGAAUGAUUAAUC